AUGAGACACCACCAGUCAUGGGACACCACCAGUCAUGAGACACCACCAGUCUGGGACCUCACCAGUCGUGGACAGUCCGCCGUCAGGACACCAUUCAUGGGACAUACCCCAGUCAUGGACACACCACAGUCGGACACCACCAGUCAUGGGACACACCAUCAGUCGGACCACCAGUCUGGGACACCAUCAGUCAUGGACACACCGGGACAUCGGACCACCACAGAGACAGAGGACCAGAGGGACCACCACAGGGGACCUGGAGGGGCCACAGGACAGGGGACCAGGGGACCACCACAGGGGACCACCACAGAGGGCCACCACAGAGGAGCCACAGAGGACCACCACAGGGGACCACCAGAAGGACCACCACAGAGGGACCACCACAGAGGACCUACAGAGGGACCACCACAGGGGACCUACAGGGGACCACCACACAGGGGACCAAGAGGGACCACCAGAGGACCACCACAGGGGACCACAGGGGACCACCACAGGGGACCACCACAGAGGGACCUGAGGGACCACAGGGGACCACCACAGGGACCAGGGGGACCACCACAGAGGACCACCACAGAGGACCACCACGGGGACCACCACAGGGGACGAGGACCACCACAGGGACCACAGAGGACCACAGGGACAACCACAGGGGGCCACAGAGGGACAACCGGGGACCACCACAGAGGACCGAGGACCACCACGGGACCACAGGGACCACCACAGAGACCACACAGGACCACAGGGGCUACAGGGGACCACCACAGAGGGACCACCACAGAGGACCACCACAGAGGGCCUACAGAGGGCCACCACAGGGGACCUACAGAGGACACAGAGGACCACCACAGGACACCACAGGACCUGCAGGGGACCACCACAGAGGGACCACCACAGGACCACCACAGGGGGCCUACAGGACCACCACAGAGGGACCACCACAGGGGACCACCACAGGACCGGGACAGGGCCAGGACAGAGGGACCACCACAGGGGACCACCACAGGGCCGACCACAGAGGACCACCACAGAGGCCACAGAGACCACAGGGACCGAGGCCACCACAGGACCACCACAGAGGGCCACCACAGGGGACCACCGGGGACCUACAGAGGACCAGGGGACCACCAGAGGACAGGGGACCACAGGGGACCUGACAGGGGACCACCACAGGGGACCACCGGGGACCACCACAGGGGACCGACAGGACCACAGAGGACCACCACAGAGGGACCACCACAGAGGCCACCAGGGGACCACCACAGAGGACCUCAGGGACCACAGGGGACCACAGAGGGGCCACCACAGGGGACCUCCACAGGGGACCACCACAGGGACCACAGGGACCACCACAGGGACCCGGGGACAACCCGGGGAACCACAGAGGACCACCACAGAGGACCACAGAGGACCACCACAGGGGACCACACAGGGGACCACACCACAGGGACCACAGGGGACCACCACAGAGGGACCACCACAGAGGAGGACCUGCAGAGGACCCAGGCCACAGAGGACCACCACAGAGGACCACAGGGGACCACCAGAGGACCACCACGGGGCCACCACAGAGGGCCACCACAGGGGACCACCAGAGGACCACCGGGGACCACAGAGGGACCACCAGAGGGACCACCAGGGGGACCACCACAGGGGACCACCACAGAGGACCACCACAGGGGACCACCACAGAGGGACCACAGAGGACACCCAGGGGACCACCACAGGGACCACCACAGGGGAGGACCACCACAGGGGACAACCACAGGGAACCUGCAAGGGACCACCACAGAGGACCACCACAGGGACCAGCACAGAGACCACCACAGAGGACCACCACAGAGGGGCCACCACAGGGGACCUGGAGGCCACCACAGGGACCACCACAAGGACCACAGGGACCACCACAGGGAACCACAGAGGGACCACCACAGGGGACCACCACAGAGGGCCAGGGGCCACCACAGAGGACCACCACAGGGGACCACCACAGGGACCACCACAGAGGACCCCACAGGGGACCACGGGGCACAGAGGGCCACCACAGAGGACCACCACAGGGACCACCAGAGGGACAGCAGGGGACCACGCACAGGGGACCACCACAGAGGGCCACCACAGAGGGCCACCACAGGGGACCACCACAGGGACCACCACAGGGGACCACCACAGGGGACCACCACAGAGGGACCACCACAGAGGGACACAGAGGGGCCACCACAGAGGGACCACCACAGGGACCACACAGAGGACCACCAAGGGGACCACCAGGGACACCACAGGGGACCACCACAGGGGACCCGGGGACACACAGAGGGACACCACAGAGGACCUGCAGAGGGACCACCACAGGGGGACCACCACAGAGGGGCCACCACAGAGGGACCACCACAGAGGGACCACGGGACCACCACAGGGGGACCACAGGGGACCACCACAGGGGGACCACCACAGGACCACCACAGAGGGACCACCACAGAGGGACCACCAGAGGGACCUGCAGAGGAGGGGACAGAGGGAACCACCACAGAGGACCACCACAGGGACCACCACAGGGGAACAACCACAGGGGCCUACACAGAGGGACAACCACAGGGAACCACAGAGGGACCACCACAGAGGACCAGCACAGAGACAACCACAGGGGACCACCACAGAGGGACACCACAGGGAACCACCACAGAGGACCACCACAGGGACCACCACAGAGGACCACCACAGAGGACCACACAGGGCCACAGGACAACCACAGGGAACCACCACAGAGGACCACCACAGGACCACCACAGAGGACCACCACAGAGGACCACCACAGAGGGCCACACAGGGGGACACCACAGAGGGGCCACCACAGAGGGACCACAGGGGACCACAAGGACCACCACAGAGGACCACCACAGAACCACAGAGGACCACCACAGGGACCACCACAGAGGACACACAGAGGGACCACCACAGAGGGACCACCACAGGGGACCAACACAGAGGACCACCACAGAGGACCACCACAGAGGACCACAGGGGACCAACAGGGGACCACCACAGAGGGACCACAGAGGACCACCACAGAGGGACCUCAGAGGACCACCAGAGGGACCACCACAGAGGGACCACCACAGGGGGACACCACAGAGGGACCACCACAGGGGACACCACGGGACACCACAGGGGACAACCACAGAGGGACCACCACAGGGGACCACCAGGGGACCACCACAGGGACCACCACAGAGGGACCACCACAGGGGGACACCACAGAGGACCUUCACAGGGGGCCACCACAGAGGGACCACCACAGAGGGACCUUCACAGGGGCCACACAGGGGACCACCACAGAUGACCACAGAGAGGACACCACAGAGGGACCCCACAGAGGGGCCUACAGGGGACCACCACAGAGGACCACACAGAGGACAACCACAGGGACCACCACAGAGGGCCACCACAGAGGGCCACCACAGAGGGCCACCACAGAGGCGUCUCAAACCCGUGCUUGAGAUGAACCAUCCAACUGUUGUGAAAUACACCUCCAAAUUCAUCCUCAGAUUUUUCUCUAAGCGAUGA